CCUAGUAUCAUAAAUUGUAUAGAAAAAACACCUCCUUUCCCGCCUUUACCGUAAUGAACACAGCGCGCAUUACUGUGCAGUUAGCAACGCCAGCCACUAGACCUAACUCGGCAAGAGAACAAUAAACCACCUCCGCGGAAUCCUACCGCUGCAGCUGUCUCUUUCACAUCGAUGCAAUCCGCAAUCUCUCACCAAGUUUCAUAAUAGCGGGCAGCUCGCUCAAGAGCCAUUAGCCUGUCGGCCUUUUCAUCGGCAAGAACACUUCAGACUGUCAUGUCUUCACCAUACUUCCAAAUAGCCGCGACUCCCCAACCGACAACGAGAACCCGCACUGUCGCUCAGAAAAAAGUCUAUGGGAAGAGAAGAGCAGAUGCACCGAGAGCUGUUUUUGAUCAAAGAAGUCCGGCAAAGUCGCCGGGAACAUUGAGCGUCAAGAAGCACGAGGAAGGGAGCGAUGAAGAUGCUGUGGAGGAUGUGCGGGUGAAGCUCGCGAAGGUAGCCAUCAAGGAGGAGAGCAGACCGAUGAUUCAGAGAACAGAUGAGGAAAUUGGAGAGACAAAGAAGCAGCAACAACCGAAACAGGAAAGGACUGGGGUGGUACAGUCAGUCGAAAGAGUGGAUGUGAGACCUACAUUGGAUCCAAAUACGCCCAUUCGUAACUCGGAACCACGGCAUGAGCAGGAAAACGAGGAACAAAAGCCAGCUCAAUGGAAGAAGACUGAAUCAUUGGAGGAAGGUGCCGCAUCAUCAGAUCCUCGCUACGAAAAAAUGGUCGAGGUCCGAAUCAAUCCCAAUAUCCCUGCAGCAAGAAACCGACGACAGAAUAAGCCGUGCGAAACCUCCGCAAAACCCGAGACGAGGACAACAAAAAAAUCCAGAGCCAAGCCAGGAGCUCGAAUGUCAUCGGGAUGUGUCCUGGAUGAAAUGGUAAAUGAAUAUGUUCGCCCGAUCCUGAACGAAGCGUUGUCCGCGAUUGCGGCGCAGAGCGUCCAGAAGUUCGACUCGUGGGCUGCUCGAGCUGGAAACUUGUUGGAAGUUGUCAAAAUCGCCGAAGGGUCAUAUGGAGAAGUCUACAAGCUUCGACUACGAGAGGAGGUAUGCAAGAACGAGAUGUCCCGGUCCAAGCUCGCACGCCUGAAGGCCUAUGGCGACGGGGUGUUCAAGGUUGUGCCCCUACGGGCUCAGAGCGGGCCAGGCUCGAAGAAGUUUACCAGUAUCGACGAGCUUGUGUCCGAAGUCAAGAUGCUCAAAUAUUUAGAUCCAAUCCCAGGAUUCGCUCGCUUCAGGGAAAUCCACGUGGUCCAGGGCCGGUUUCCCGGUUCGUUCCAGAAAGCUUGGGAUCACUAUAAGAAAACCAAGGACGACUGUUGGAAUCCGAAUCCGUCCAGUAAGCGAGCUUAUCCAGACUCACAAUUGUGGGCGAUUGUGGAAAUGGAUGAUGCUGGUUGUGAGCUGGAGAAAUUUGCAUGGACGUCCAUCUUUCAGAUUUACGAUAUUUUCUGGGGGGUUGCCAUGGCCUUGGCUCGGGCAGAGGAGUACGCAUCAUUCGAGCACCGCGAUCUGCACUUAGGCAACGUCUGUAUUCGAAGUACUCGCGCAGGGGGCUGCAUGGACCCACCCACGAAUGCUGAGAUCAUGAGUCAACCGUACAAAAGUGGCUUCGGAUUUAGCACCCUCGAGACGACCAUCAUAGAUUACUCCCUGUCUCGCGCACAGCUGCAUCUCAGUGAAGAGGUUGAGGCCUUCGAAAUUGCCUCGUCGGACCUCGACAAGAAACAGAUUUUUGACGCGAUCGGGCGGGACGACGAUGAGAUCAUGCUCAGAGACACAUACCGAUACAUGCGCGCUGAACUCUAUCACGGCGAUUCUCGUCAAACCGGAAAGUGCCCGGAUAUCCCGGGCAUUUGGGCAGAAUAUGCGCCCCGGACGAACCUUGUUUGGCUGCUUUUCCUCCUCAAAUCCUUGCUUAAGAACAAAAAAUCUGAGUGCAGCUCGCCACCAGCACCUCGUGAACCCCUUGCUCCACGCUCACUUAACAAGGGUGUUAAAUUGACAUCCGCAUCCAACAACAAGCUUGCGAAGCCACAAACGUUGCCGACGGUGACCUCCGCUCAGACAACUGUCUCUGAUUUGAGGCAAACGCUCGAGGAGAGACUUACUGCGGUUUUGGAACUACUUGAUCUCGAUCAUGGACACGAAGACAUGUGUUGUGCUGCGGAUCUAGUCGCCUACGCCAUUGACUCCCACUGGCUCGAUGAGGAGGAUUUCUUCUGAUUUUGGAAAUGAAUGCAUUUCGGGCUUCAUUUUUUCGCAUUGCGAGGGCGUCGACGCAGCGCUAUUUCAUUUUUCAGCGCUUCUUUUUCCUUUGUAAAUUAAAUACAUAUGGUUGUGGAGUUCCAGGCAGCUUUAAUUUUUCUGGUUCAGAGAUUAACCACUUGGCAUCAGCUACUCCAUUUUACCACUGCUUCAUUGAC